AUGCACUUUCUCUCUCUCUUAUUUAUCUUUCACAAUUGCCCUUUUUCCUCUCUUAUUUGUUUUUCUCAAUUGCUUUUUUCCCCUCUCUUAUUUGUCUCUUCCUUUCCUUCUCUUAUUUGCCUCUCUCUCAAUUUAUCUUUCCCUCUCUCAUUUCUUUCUUUCUUAAACUUUUAUCUUUUGCUUUUCUCUCUUCUUCUAUCCCAUAUUCAUCUUUUCUCUCUCCUUUUCUUAUUCUCUCACUUUCAUUCUUUUUUACUUUUUCUUUUCCAUUUUCUUUUUCUUUUAUGGUUUACUUUUUAUUCCCAUCCCUCUCUCUUUGUCAACACAUAUUUAUCAACCUCUCCUUUAUUUUCUUCUCUCCGUUUUGGUUUCUUUCAUUUCUGUCUCUUUCUUUCUCUCUAUCUCCAUAAUUUCCCCUUUCUACCUCCCCACAUUUUUUUCUAUUCCAAAACUUACGUUCUUCUCUCUUUUGUUCCUCAUCAUCUCUCUCUCUCUCUCUCUCUCUCUCUCUCUCUCUUAAUUCUUCCAUUCUUUCUAUUUCUAUUUAUUUAUUCACCUUAUUUUAUCUCAUCUUUAUUAACACUUACUCUUUCUCUUUCCCCUUUCUUUUUUAUUGUCACUUUGUCUUCAUGCAUUCUCUCUUCUCUUUUUUUUCUUUUUUUUUUCUUUUUUUUCUUCUUUUUCUUCGGUUUCACUCUCUCUCUCUCUCUCUCUCUCACUUUCCAUUUCAAUCACUCUCUUUUCACAGAAUUAAUGAGAAUAGUUUGCUUGUGUCAAGACAAAAUUUUAAAUUACUUUUUAUGA